CCGGGGCAACUUGCAAGGCAUCACCAAUCGAUCGACGAUGCUUAAGACGCGGCCGUAUCCACUUGUUGCCCAACACCAGCCAAACUGACGGGAUCACUUCACUCGUCCUCGGGAAGCAAUGGCGACAUCCGUGAAGCUCAACACCGGAGCACAAAUGCCCAUCGUGGGGCUGGGGACGUGGAACUCUCCCCCUGGAAAAGUGACUGAGGCCGUGAAGGCAGCCAUAUCAGCGGGGUACAGGCACAUCGACGGGGCUUUCAUCUACCAGAAUGAGGUGGAGGUUGGCGAGGGAAUCCAGGCCAUGAUCAAGGACGGAGUGGUCAAGCGGGAGGACCUUUUCAUUGUUAGUAAGCUGUGGUGCACUUUCCAUGACAAGGCCAUGGUUAGACAAGCUUGUGAGAAGACCCUGAGCGAUCUCAAACUGGCCUACCUUGACCUCUAUCUCGUGCACUGGCCAAUGGGAUUCAAGGCUGGCAGCGACUUGUUUCCUUCGGAUGCCAACGGCCAAAUAAUUCCUGAUAACUCUGACUUCCUGCAGACAUGGGAGGGGAUGGAAGAGCUGGUUGAUGCUGGUCUAGUCAAAGCCAUCGGCAUUUCCAAUUUCAACCGGGAUCAGAUUGAGCGUCUCCUCAACAAGCCAGGCCUCAAAUACAAGCCUGCCAAUAACCAGGUGGAGUCCCACCCGUUCCUGUGUCAGGAAAAGCUGAUCGACUACUGCCACUCGAAGGGUAUCUCCGUGACAGCCUACAGCCCCCUUGGCUCCCCUGACAGACCCUGGGCUACAUCAGAUGACCCUUCACUUUUGGAGCAUCCUGAUAUCACAGCCAUAGCAGAGAAGUACAAAAAAACUUCUGCUCAGGUCCUGAUCCGCUUCCAAAUCCAGAGAAAUCUGGUUGUGAUUCCAAAAUCGGUCACCCCUCACCGCAUCCAGGAGAAUUUCAAGGUGUUUGACUUUCAAGUAAGCGACGAGGAUAUGAAGACCAUAUUGGGAUUCAAUCGUAAUUGGAGAGUCUGUCCGAUUAAAUCGAGCGUGAAGCACAAGGACUACCCUUUCCAUGCUGAAUUCUGAUGCGGAAAAUCUGCAAGAGUGUGUGCUGCAGUUUGCUAAAAGACGGGCUGCUUUCUUUUCUUUUGAGCACUUGUGGUUUGUUACUGUCCUUGUUAGAGGAAAAACUGCCUUCUGACCCUCAAGUCCGUGCAACCCUGAUUUGGGACAUAUUUACUCAAUCGUAGUAGCAUCUUAAUGUUGGCAACAAGGUUUACAAUGCAUGAAUAUGUUGCACUGUCCAGUUUCUCCUUCCGUGAUCCAAGCACUUCCUCUUAUUUCCGAGUCAUAUGUGCUGCUUGUGAUUGCGUUGCCUCAUUUGUUUGCGUGUGUGUGCCAAAGCCGCAUGACACAGUGCCUGAAGGGCACCCAGGAUUUGCUGUCCUUGGUGCUCUUAAUGGGCACUAGGGGUCACUAAAGGCCACGGGGAGAACAUUUCUAUGCCUUCCAACAAUUUUCACUGCGGGGUAUAUUACAAUAAAAUAGUUGUAGUAUGUACAGGCUUUUGUCGUAUUUUAUUAUGUGGCAUGUGAAAUGAAGUAAAUGUGCCUUAGUUUUUUUUCCCCAUCUUGGUUCUCAAUACGGAGUUACUUUUCGCAGUGAAAAGGGUUGUGGGGGAGAGAAAAAAAAAAACGAGCAGAAACAUGUUAUGGUCUCCUGAGUUAAUAUUCGUUGAUUGGAUAGUCUUUGUGUUUCGACGCCCUCUCAGGAAAACAAUAGCAACAGUUAACACGAUCUGAUUAUGUCGUCCUCUCCACUUACCGUAAAAUGGGAAACCUAAAAUUCUUGUUCAAACUGAGCAGGAGGUUCUUGUCAUCUUCCUUAAGUGCAAAAUCAAACACCUAGAGGAGGGAAAAGUGAAAAUUGCUGUUAAAACGUCUUUGACUAAACAAGAACUACAUUUUUUUGGCUACUUGUGUUAUUUUGAGAUAGCUAUCUUUUUCCCUUGCUGCUCUUGUUCAAAAGUUCAGUUCAGCUCCCAUUCUAAAACUGUCGCCAUCAGCUCCAUGAAUUAUUUGAUGGGAUUCUGAGGGAAAUGUCAAAGCAACCCCCCCCCCUCAUUGUUUUACACUUAAGGCGUGCCUCCCAUGUUCUCUGACACCUCAUACUGUUAAUCGAUUUGCAUAUUACGAUAAGUUACUUUGGAAUUUAAAACAAAAACAGGGAAACUCCCCACACCUUGUUGGAUGCUGUAAAUAUAAAAGGGCUUUAUUAUUUAUAGAGCUCAAAACAUUUUGACACAUGCAAAAUUGGUUUGAUUUUAAACGAGGAAUGUUAUUGCCAAUACCAACAUUUAAUUUUUACUAUGAGAGUAAAUGUGCACAAUAUUUGUCAGAAAUAAUGAAUACGAUAGCGGCACAUACAAUUCCUGGCUACGAGAAUUCUGUGGACAACCGCAUGAAUCAAUCCAUCAAAGCUUUUAUUUAACCGGAAAAUAAGAACCUAUUGCGACAGAGGUCUCUUUUUCAAUGGUGAUCUGGCCAAGAAGGUGGAGCAUACAUGUCAUAACAACAACAAUACAAUGUAUACAUAAAAGUAUACAGUACAAAGAGACCAACAAGGUCAGCUUGAGUCGACUGAAGGUCAUUCUAGGGGCAAAGUCCGAUAACCUCUUUAGCUGAGAUUCGUGGAAUUUUGAAUCAUCACGAACUUGGGACAUAUAUAACAUGGAAGGAUAUCAAGAACAGCUUUAGAUAUAAAAGAAUGCCUGUGUGUAGCAAGUGAGGACAAACCAUCGAAGGAGUCACAAGUACUGAUGUGUCCUUUAUGCAGAGCUUUUAAUAAAUCUCAGCUGCAUCGUAGAGUGCUUUGUGUUUAGUUAGGGCAGUGGAACAAGCAAAUGUUUCUCCCAUAAUGUAAUUGUGACAGAAAUAGGGCCAUAACCAGCUGUUUGUGGGAAAGCAUGAUUCCUUGACAAUCAAGGAGGCAAAUUCCUGACAUACUUGGUAAAUAAAGGCGAUUCUGAUUCGGAUUAUUUUAUAGCGAGAAAAGAAACAUAAGUUUCUUGACUAAUGCAUUUAAUGUGAUAUUUAAAAUCUAGAUUUGUAUCCAGCCAGUUACCGAGGUAUUUGUACGUCUCAACAAGCUAAAUUGACCUAAUGCGUCACACAGUCUGGGUUUCUUCCCAUCAAGUCAUAAUCCAUCGGUUUUUAUAUGACUGCUUCCAGUGGUGUGACUUUAAAAUAAGAGUGUCUGGAAGUUCACCAGACUUGAUAGCAACAUGAUAUAAACUUCCCAAGGUCAAUCAAUAUAGGCUUCUUUAUCCCUAAGUGCCCACACAGAGGAUAUUCAGUGUAUGGGUGACGUUGCAACAUUUAAUAAGGCGGCAUGCCUAAAGCCUCAUGUUGGAGACAAGCUUAUUUUCCUUGCCAAGUUUAUUAAAACCAGGCAAACUACCUAGCAUGUACCCAGAUACUGAAUGCCGAAUUUUGUUUACAUAUUCUGGGACAAAAGUUAAUUUAGGUUGGAACAUGGGAGGGACUCAACAAAGCAAUAGGGAUGUUGCCAGGGGUGGGGAUAAAAGUAAACGGCUCAAACAGAGCGACAUGUUGGAUUUACUCUUUGAAGGCAACCAGCUAUCGAGGCCUCUCUAAAGAUUUGGAGCUCUCGCCCUUCUUGUGAUCACAGUUUAUCAUGAUUUGGAUUCGACGCACUAACUGUUGUACGAGUAUACCUGUUAUCUGCUUCAUGCGGCGGUCCACAGAAUUCUCCGCGCCAGGAAUUACCUGCCAGCAAUUUAUUUACAAUUUGCUUUUGAUAAAUAUUGUACACAUUUAUUCACAUGGUAAAAAUAAAUGUUAGUAUUGGCAAUAAUAUUCAUCUUGUUAAAAAUGUACCCGUAGGUGCGAAUGGUUGUUUGUUUCUAUGUGCCCCGCGAUUGGUUGCCGCUACUAAACGGCCGACGAGAAAGACGACAUCAACUGCUACGACAACAGAUAUAUUGAUGAGCUUCUAUCAGAUGUCAGUUAAAACUCUGUGUUCUUUCUUCGAUCCCUGAAUGGUUGAAGAUGGCAACCUGACGACCUUUGACUUACCCAGAUCAAUAGAAUUAACUUUUUCAGAAACUACACUAAAUAUGAGCGUUACCAGAAAUAACCUGUAACAAUCCAUUUUAAGUAUCUCUUGAACAAGUUUUGAAUACCUGAAAAUUCUCCCAGAUCCGAUGGGGAGUCACUGACUUGGCGACGACAGUCACGUUCCUCUGAAUAUGGAACCUGAUGAGAACCUGGCGGAGAAAAUGUGACAAUGCGGCAUUAUGGAAGCGAAUCAUCAUCAUUUGCAAUGCUUCACAAAACUACAUUGUUUUAUUUCCUGAGCUUUAUGUAUGGAUAUGCAUAGUACCAGGGUUUUGGGACUGGAGGGGAUGCAGUUAGUACACAAUUUCUCCACUGCUCAAAUUCUUGCCUUUUAUGUUUCUGUCUGUCUUGACUUGUAGAAUAUAAUAAACAUUUUUGUUUUCA